AAACACACCUUCACUGCAAAAGAGUUUACUUGAAAGUGAAAGUAGAAUCAUGGCAGUCUGAUCGUCAUCAUCACUCAUGUAUUUUCUAAUAAUUAACACCUGAUGAAUCAGAAAAGUGAACCAGAAACAUCCAUAUCAAAAUGAAAUGUUUUGGUGAAUGUGCAGGCUGUUUGAUGCUCUUCCUCUCCUAUUUAACUGAAGUGCGAUCAGAUUUAGGUUUUAAUCUGGAACCUACUACAAUGUCAUCACUGGAAUCUCUGUCGGCAGACACAACAUCAGGGGAAGUAACUGCUGCUCAAUAUGUCUCAUUACCGUAUUCAUCAAGUGAACAUCACAACAACAAACCGUCUGUUAUACAACCAUCAUUUACACAAUCAUUCAUUGGAGAGAGAAAUAAUAAAUCAACAUUGAACAGAAAUGUUUAUCCCUCUCAAACCCUCAAUACUGCUCAAGACUCCUACAAAAAUAUAGGAAAAGAUUAUGACUGGUUUCAACAUCUUGAAUCUUCAAGGACAGUUCACCAGAAGACUCCACCAGUUGAAAUUAUAUCCAGUUCAUCUCUGUCUCUUACAUCUCAACCCCAGGUGUCAGCGUCCCAACCACAGUUCUCAUCUGAACCGUCAGCUCAAGUCACACAACCACUUUUGUCUGCAUGGAGUCUGUAUGACACAAUGUUAAAAACACAGGAUUCUGCUGGAAUCCAGAGCUCUGUGGUCAUGGCCAUUACUAGCUCAGAUGUUAAUUCUAUUUCCUCUGUAGUGUAUAAAGUAAACACCAAGAAGAGAUUUAUUUCGUGUAGACCUGGGUCCUGUCCAGCGGUUACAGAUAUCUGUACACCACUAGUUGGAGGGAAGUUCCACUGCUCCUGUAGACAAGUUUAUGGUGGACAAUGAAUUCAAGAACAUUUAGAAAACGAAGGCCAUUAAACACAUACAUUGGAUCCUUGAAAGACUUGUGAAACCUCUUCAGACAAGAUCCAUGUACUUAGUGACUGAUGGAAUACCACAUCAACCACUUUAAAAAAAAUUACAACAAGAGAAAAUAUAAAGUCUUAGGGCAAAGUAGAUUUCAUUUAAUAAUUGAAAUGAGCAGGGCCUAAAUCAAUAUGUUGAAUAAAAAUGCCCAAAAUAUUGCCAGUUUUCUAGAGAAAAUAAUUUUUGUUGUUUCAGAUUACUCUAACCUUUUCUAUAAGUUUGUUCUUGUGCCAGCUGUCUUGAAUUUUGGCAUGAGCUUUAUCAUUAUGUUAAAUUACAUCAGUUGUGUCAAAAUUUGAUAAAGUUGAUUUUCUCAUUUAGAUGUAAUUUAUUGAUAUUUUGGGUCAAAAAUGAAAUAUUAUUAUGAACUAAUACCUACUCAUAGGUCAAAAAAGGAGUUGCAAAGGGCAUACAAAUUAUAUUAAUUCAGACCUAGUUUAGAAUACUAACAGUAAACUUGUGUAAUAGUGUGAUGUUUGAUUUUUAUAUUAUAUGCAGUAUUACUGAAAUAGAAUAAAAUGAUAUUUUAAAAGU